GUAUUCUAUGAUUUGAAGCGCGGUGUUGCUGCCAGUGCAACAUGGCGACCGCAGCCAAAACGACUCCGCAGGAUCUGCCACCGAAGGGCGGAUACGGACCAAUUGUGACCGACAGGAUUAAAUUGCGGACCAUUUUCGGUGGUCGGUCGUGGUUAUUUGGAUAUUUCGCUGUCACGUCAGUCUCAUUCUAUAUUUACUUCAAGGGAUAUAAAACCAUAAAGAGACAUGACGUUGAAAUGAGAAGCGCCCGAAUGGUCAUGUACCCUAUACUGCUUGCCGAACGGGAUCGAGAAUAUUUGAAGCAGUUGAGACGGAAUCGUGACACUGAAACAGAACUUAUGAAGAACGUUAAGAAUUGGGAGACUGGAACUUACUACGGCGAGCCUAUUUAUAAGACGGCGAAGAGCGGCAAACUCAUAGAACCUGAAGCUAUUGAGUACUACGCUUUUGCUCCGGAGCAAGAUUAUUUAGACCGUACCGAAAUUACAUUGUGGACUUAAGUUUAAAACUCAAAGUCGAUUCCGGAGAGAUUCACAUAAUGAUAUUUUAGUGCUGAUUGUAAUUCUAAUACAUGUUAAAUAAAAUUGUGUAUAAU